UUUGACAGUUCUCCAGGCACUAGAGGAUGGGCUGAAGAGAGCAGAUACCGAUCCUUCAGUGAAAGCUGUUAUGAUUUGUGGAGAAAAUGGGAAAUUCAGUGCAGGAGCUGACAUUCAAGGAUUUUCUUCUCCGAAGAGACGUGGUGUUGCCUUGAGCCCCAUCGUCGAUCUCAUAGAAAGGUCCAAGAAGCCUGUGGUAGCUGCCAUUGAAGGCGUUGCCUUGGGAGGAGGCCUGGAGGUAGCACUUGGCUGUCACUAUCGGAUUGCACAUGCGAAGGCAUGGUUAGGCUUACCAGAGGUCACCAUUGGGUUACUUCCAGGUGCUGAAGGUACUCAGCGACUACCCAGACUGAUUGGGGUACCAGCUGCUCUGGAUCUCAUCACUACAGGAAAACACAUUCCAGCAAGUGAAGCACUGAAGCUGGGCUUGGUUGAUGAAGUUGUGCAAGAAAACACAGUUGAUGCAGGAAUUCGCUUGGCAAACAAAGUGAUUGGCCAGCCAUUGGGACCCCGGAGGCUCAGUCUGAGGCCAGUUCCAAAAUUGCCCAACAUGGAAGCAUUUCUCAGCGAAGCUCUUGUGAAGGUGAAGAAACAGGCCCGUGGGUGCCUGGCUCCAGAGCUGUGCUUCCAGGCAGUCAAAGCCGCCACAGAGUUGCCCUUUGCAGAUGGCGUCCGAAAGGAGCAAGAGCUGUUUAACUUCCUAGCCCAAGCACUGCAGUAUGCUUUCUUCGCAGAGAGAGCAGUGCAGAAGUGGACAACACCCAAUGGAGCUUCAUGGAGAAGUGCUUCCCCACAGCCCAUCUACAAAGCAGCUGUGAUAGGGCUGGGAACAAUGGGCCGAGGGAUUGUAACUUCUCUGGUAAAGGCCAGCAUACCUGUGGUAGCCCUGGAGCAAGAUCUGGAGUAUCUGAACACAGGAAGAAAAGCUGUGAUGCUCCUUUUGGAACGUGAGGCUAUGAAAAUGGGGAAGGGGGCCCAAAAUCUGGAUUUCCAUAACCCUGCACGCCUCCAGUUCACUGUGGACUUUGAUGUGUUGCGUGAUGUAGAUCUAGUCAUUGAGGCUGUGUUUGAGAACAUGGCACUCAAGAAGGAAAUAUUCCACAAGCUGUCGAGAAUCUGCAAGCCAGGUGCCUUACUAUGUACAAACACAUCAGCCCUGAACAUUGAUGAAAUAGCUUCUGCCACGAGCCGCCCACAGCAGGUCAUUGGCACGCACUUUUUCUCCCCUGCUCAUGUGAUGAGGCUGUUAGAAAUCAUCUAUGGCUGUCACACAUCCCCCACUGCCAUUGCCACCGCUAUGCAGCUAGCCAAAGCGCUGAAAAAAGUUGGAGUGGUGGUAGGGAAUUGUUUUGGGUUUGUUGGGAAUCGAAUGAUGUUUCCAUACGUACAACAGGCAGUUUUCCUUUUAGAGGAAGGAAGCAGACCAGAAGCAGUAGAUCAGGUUCUUGAAGAUUUUGGGUUUAAGAUAGGACCUUUCCAAAUGUCUGACCUUGCUGGGCUGGAUGUAGGCUGGAGGUCUCGAAAGGGCCAGGGCCUCACUGGGGCCUCACUACCGCCAGGAACACCUGCCCGCCAGCGGCAUGGCCAUCGCUACAGCCCACUGCCUGAUCUUCUGUGUGAGAAUGGCAGGUUUGGCCAGAAAACUGGAAAAGGCUGGUAUCAGUAUGAGAAGGCUGGGGGCAGGACAGCCAGGCCAGAUCCGUGGCUUCACAACUUUCUGUCCCAGUACAGAGACACUCAUCGCAUCAAGACCCGCUUUAUAGACCAGGAGGAAAUCCUGGAACGGUGUUUGUUCUCCCUCAUCAAUGAAGGGUUUGGCAUCUUGGCUGAGGGAAUAGCGUCAGGCCCAGAACACCUGGAUGUAAUUUAUAUCAAUGGCUAUGGGUGGCCAAAGCACAGGGGUGGCCCCAUGUUCUAUGCUUCCACUGUUGGGCUGCCUCACAUUCUGGCUAAACUGCAGAAAUAUUCCGAGGCUCACCCUGAUGUUCCUGAGCUACGGCCUAGCGCCUUUCUGAAAAAGCUGGUAGCUAUGGGGAACCCUCCCCUCAAAGAAUGGAUGUCCUACCUUAGCCGGCAGAGCAACAAGCUGUGA